AUGGCUUCAGUACAUAUUCUUCUUCUACUCCAGGCUCAAAGACGAUCUAACACCUGGCAGUCUACGUCCGUUUCGUAUCACCCUCUGCAGCAGCUCAAGAUCCCAUCCAACGACGAGCGCGCACAAUCCGAAACCAAGCUCGAAAUGCCACCCGCUCCUUCGCCUUUCCCCGAUUGCACAGAAGCCUGGUCCGACAACUUCUUCCUCCCCGACAUCCCCCCUCCACUAAGCGCAGACGAGCUACGCGCCGGCCUCGCCACAUUACCACAGGAGCUCUACGAUAUCAUCUACGAGAAGAGCUUCAAAUUCAACCACAAGGAAGCGCUGCCGAUUCCUAUCUACUACAAUACGGCUGGCAGAAUUGUCACUACUUGGAAACCUCCGAUGCAGCUGCAGAUUGACCAUAAGAUGCGCGAGGAAUAUCUUCGGACCUAUUAUGGAGGUAAGGCGAUUUGGUUGGCGGAUCUUGAGGGCGAGGAGUGUGAUUUGGUUAAGUCUUUCAACUCUUGUCUGUGGAAGUUCGGUGGAGGAUGGACAUGA